GCCUCUCCUUAGGUUUCCCACUUUACAGUCCCCCCCUCUCUCCCCUUCCAAAUCACCACUUUUGCCUCACCCAAUCCGCAAUUGCACCAAAUAAUAUCUAACCAGACCCUAGAUCUGCCCACAGUCGCAGAAAUGGCCGGUCAAUCUGACUCAAACAUGUCUCUAUUUUCUCCUGAAGAGAUUGAAUUCAUGGCAGAAGAUGAACUAGUGGAGAUUGUUCCGAAUUUGAGGAUGGAUUCUCUCAAUUUUAUUUGUGGGGAUUAUGGUCCCUUUCAUCCACAAUUAGCAGCUCAAGUGCCGCUCUGGUUAGCGGCGGCUUUAAAGAAGAGAGGGAAAUGCACAAUCAGGCCGCUUCAGUGGAUGUCAAUUGAAAACCUGGCUCAGGUUUUGGAACUGGAACGAGACUCUCACGCAUUUCAGUCAUUACCCUUUCAUUACUUGGAAAUCUCAAGACUUCUUUUCGAUCAUGCACGCGAGGACAUUCCCGACAUGUACAUGGUGAGGUCACUUAUCGAGGAUAUCAGAGAUGUAAGAUUUCAUAAAGUGGAGACCAAUUUAGAAAAGUUCACAGCAUCUACAGUAACGUGGAAAAAUAUGUCUGCAAUGGAAGUCAAUAUAAUUCGUGCAUUUGCUGGGAGGGCUCUGCAGGCGUUUUAUAAGCAUGAUAACGAACAGCAAGCAGCAGAUACAGAUAGAAUGCUAGAUAAACAGCCACAGAUACCUACUGACAGGCCAAAACGUAAUUUGAAGCCUCGAUAAGAAGUCAUCAUCUACUUGAAUUCCCUUCUGAUCUCAACCUGAAAAGAGUACAUUCCACAGGUGACCACAGAAGGUAUUUCAGCUUCUUUGACCUUUCUCAAAAAAAAAAAAAAAAAAAUCCUGUCCCACGCUCAUUGUAGCAAUGAAAUAACAGUAGAUUUUAUGUAGAGCCCCUUUCAGCUCCAUAUGUAUACGGUAUUGUCUUUUUUUUCCCGUAUGAUGCACAAUAAUCUGUGAAGUUUCCUCGACAUGUAGAAUCCAUCAGUCUCCCUCCAUGUUCACAUCUAUCCAAAAAAUCAUUUGUGAGAUUUUGGGUGGAGUGCAUUUCUGGAUCUUAGUUUACAUGUAUACCUUCGGGGAAAUACUAUUUGGUAAUGCAUUUAAAUUGAUUUUCUGGGGUU